AUGGCGCCGCUGCGCCGGGCGGGCGCCGCUGCCCUCGGCGUCGCCGCCGCCGCGGCGCAGGGCCCGGAGCGGGCCCGCGACGGGUUCGUGGCCGAGCAGGGGGCGCGCGCCGCGGACUUCCGCGCCGCCAUGGGCGGCGCGCUGGGCUGCGGGCGGCACGUGGAGCCGGGCCGGCUGGACGACAUCGAGCGCGCGCUGCUGCCCACGUGGCGGUCGCUGCCGAAGAACGGCCGCGGGCGGAUCGAGCGGCGGCCCCUGCGGUACCUCACGCGCCGCUACUUCCAGAGGGCGUCUUCCCUCGUGAUCCGCGGCCUGGAGCCCACGCACCCGGCGGGCGCCGCUGGCUGGGGAGGUGCGGACAUCGUGAGCCAGAGGGUGCCGGAGUACGUGGAGUCGGUCCUGCAGUCCAGGCACGUCGAUGAGCACGGCUUCGACCUGAGAGACGCCACGCUGAUGGUGGCCACGGUGGAGCAGCUGAUCUUCGACUCCGAGGCCACGCUCUUGGAGAAGGUGUACGCCCGACAGCGGAAGCCGACGGGGCGCGAUCUCACCCAGCAGGGGCUCCAGCAGGUGCUGGAGGCGUACAUGGUUGUCUGGAUGUUGGGCGACGACGCGUCGGGGAUCGAUUCUCUCCUGAGCGACAGGCAUCGGCUCCACGAGGCGAUCCCUCACUGGGACUCGAUUCUGCACUUCACGCGCGGAGAGAUCAGAGCUUAUGACUAUCGGCAGCGUGGCCAGGGCGGCGGGACGAGGCGGAGCGUGCUCACGCGGAGGUACUCCUUCGACGACGUGCACCAUAUUGUUGGCGGGAUGACCAAACUUUUGCCUCCUUCUGGGAGUCGGAGUGCUCUCACAUGA